UUGAAUGGAAAAGAAACACUGACUCACAGAAUCUUUAUGUAUGCAAAUAAUAUAAACUUCGUGAGGAAGGUAUCAAAAACAUAAAUCAGACCACACUUGACCCGUCAAAGUUCAAUUCCACUGCCCAAUCGCAAUUCCACCACUCUUUCAAACAAACAGAAUUUGCAGACUAUUGAGGCAUGAACUUAGAAGCAAGUGAAAACGAUUCAGUGGUGACUCAGAUCAGCAUUGGUGGAUUUGACAGUGAGGUAAAAGCAAGUGAUCUGGUGAAUUAUUUGGAGAAUAAAAUUGGACUUGUCUACAGGUGUAGGUUAAAGACUUCUUGGACCCCUCCAGAGUCAUAUCCGGAAUUUAAUAUCACUGAUACUGCAAAGAUUACGAGAACAGAUGACUAUAUGAAAGUCAAGCCUCAUGCCUUCGUGCAUUUUGCAUCUUCAGAGUCAGUGACUGCUGCCCUCAAUGCUUCAGGUCGUUGUGAUAUGUUUUUAAAGAAUGAACCCUUAAAGGUCAGCUGUGGACCUGAAAAUCCAUACUUCCUGAACCAAAGGAGGAGAACUACAACUCCUUUUAAGAUGUCUGAUGUAAUUGUUGAAAUUGGGACAUUGGUUAGCCCAGGGGAGUUUUCUGUUGCUUGGAAAGGGCCUGAUAAAGGAGUAAAAUUUCUAGUGGAUCCUUUUGAUGGCAUGUGCAGGUUUUGUUUCACUAGAGAUACUGCAUUCUCAUUCAAGGGUAUAGACAAAAAGGCAGUUAUAAAGUGUGAUUUUCAGGUGGGAUUCCUGGUUAGAGACAUUAAUGAGAUGAGGAGAUAUAAUGAUACAUCGUAUCUCGUUGUAUUAUUACACCUAGCUUCUUCACCUUGGGUUUGGUACAGAACUGCCGAGGAUGACAUUGAAGAUUUAGUACCAUUUGAUUUACUGGAUGAUGAUGAUCCUUGGAUUAGAACCACUGAUUUUACUCCUAGUGGGGCAAUUGGUCGAUGCAAUUUUUAUAAAAUUUCAAUCCCUCCUCGGCAUGGUGCAAAAUUGAUGAAGGCCAUGCUUUAUCUGAAAGGUCAGAGAGUGCAAAUACAUGAGCUUCCAGUUAAACAGACCCUAAGGGCACUGAAUGAACCUGAUUUUGGCAGGCCCAUGUUAGAUGCUUUCUUUUAUAUAGAUUAUCAGAAGGGCAUUGCUUUUGACAUAAUGUUUUUGGUCAAUGCUGUUGUACAUAAAGGCAUAUUCAAUCAGCACAGGUUGUCUGAUAGGUUUUUUGAAUUGCUAAGAAAUCAAUCUGAGGAACUCAAUGUGGCUGCCCUGAAGCAUUUAUGUUCUUACAAGCGCCCGGUAUUUGAUGCAACUAAGAGGCUAAAAGUAGUUCAAGAAUGGUUGCUUAGAAACCCAAAACUCUAUCAGAUCUCUAAACAGUUGGAUGAUAUUGUUGAGGUUAGGAGAUUGGUUAUUACUCCAUCAAAAGCGUAUUGUAUACCACCUGAAGUUGAACUUUCCAACAGGGUUCUCAGAAAAUUCAGAGAAGUUUCAGAUUGUUUCUUGAGAGUGACCUUUAUGGAUGAAGGCAUGCAGACAAUUAAUGUGAAUGCCCUUAACUAUUAUGUUGCUCCUAUUGUGAAGGAAAUCACAUCAAACUCGUUCCCUCAAAAGACAAAAAUAUAUAAUAGGGUGAAGACCAUCUUGGAAACGGGAUUUUCCUUUUGUGGCCGAAAAUAUUCAUUUUUAGCCUUUUCAUCCAAUCAACUUAGAGAUCGUUCUGCUUGGUUUUUUGCUGAAGGAAAGAUAAGAUGUGAUGAAAUACGGAGUUGGAUGGGCAGGUUUAAUCAGAAGAAUGUUGCAAAGUGUGCUGCUAGGAUGGGACAAUGCUUCUCAUCUACCUAUGCAACAGUUGAAGUUGUUGCAAAUGAGGUGAACUUCGCGCUACCUGAUGUUGAGCGGAAUAACUACGUUUUCUCUGAUGGAAUUGGUAUGCUCUCUCCUGAUCUUGCAAGGGAAGUAGCAGAAAAAUUGAAAUUGGACAAUAUACCCUCUGCUUACCAGAUCAGAUACGCUGGUUUUAAAGGGGUUGUGGCUUCUUGGCCAUCUAAAGGGGAUGGGAUCAGACUUUCUUUGAGGCCUAGUAUGAACAAGUUUCAGUCUUCUCAUACUAUCUUGGAGAUCUGUGCUUGGACUAGGUUUCAGCCUGGUUUUCUUAACAGGCAGAUUAUAACACUGCUUUCAGCACUGGGUGUGCCUGAUGACAUAUUUUGGCAAAUGCAGGAGGCAAUGCUUUUGAAGUUAAACCAAAUGCUUGUGGAUGCAGAUAUCGCUUUUGACGUUCUUACCAAAUCAUGUGCUGAGCAUGGGAAUGCUGCAGCAAUAAUGUUAAGUUGCGGCUUCAGUCCCCAAACGGAACCUCAUCUUAGAGGUAUGUUAACUUCUACACGUGCUGCACAGCUUUGGGGACUCAGAGAAAAGUCCAGGAUUUUUGUAUCAUCUGGGCGAUGGUUGAUGGGAGUCUUAGAUGAGUCGGGUGUUCUUGAACAGGGGCAGUGCUUUGUUCAAGUGUCUACUCCAUCUCUUGAGAAUUGUUUCUCAAAGCAUGGGUCAAGGUUUUCAGAGACAAAGAACCUGCAAGUAGUUAAAGGUUUUGUGAUUAUAGCCAAAAAUCCUUGUCUUCAUCCAGGUGAUGUACGAGUUUUGGAGGCAGUUGAUGCCCCCGAUUUACAUCACUUAUGCGAUUGUCUUGUUUUCCCUCAGAAGGGUGACAGGCCACAUACAAAUGAAGCUUCUGGAAGUGACCUUGACGGGGAUCUAUAUUUUGUCACAUGGGAUGAAAAUCUCAUUCCACCAAGUAAGAGGAGCUGGGUACCUAUGGAGUAUGCCGCUGCAGAAAGCAAACUUCUGACACGUCAAGUCAUGACUCGAGACAUCAUAGAAUUUUUUGUCAGAAACAUGGUAAAUGAAAAUUUGGGUGCUAUCUGCAACGCACAUGUGGUGCAUGCUGAUUCCAGUGACUAUGGUGCCUUGGAUGAGAAAUGCAUACACUUAGCGGAACUAGCUGCUACUGCUGUUGAUUUUCCAAAGACCGGGAAGCUUGUCACUAUGCCUUAUCAUCUGAAACCAAAACUGUACCCUGAUUUUAUGGGGAAAGAGAAUCACCAGUCGUACAGGUCGAAGAAAAUUCUGGGUAGACUUUACAGGCGUAUCAAAGAUGCUUAUGAUGAAGAUAUUGAUGCACCCUAUUUGAACUUUGUGUCUGGCGAUAUACCAUAUGAUAAAGAUCUUGAGGUUCCAGGAUCUGCUGAUUUUAUUGCUGAUUCGUGGGAGCAAAAAUGUGCAUAUGACGGCCAGUUGAGUGGGUUACUUGGUCAAUACAAAGUUAAAAGAGAAGAGGAAGUUGUUACUGGACAGAUAUGGUCCAUGCCAAAAUACAACAGCAGGAAGCAAGGGGAGCUUAAGGAGAGGCUGAAGCACUCAUACAGUGCCCUAAAAAAGGAAUUUAGGCACAUUUUUGAGAGAUUGAGUUCAGAUGUUGGAGAAUUAAGCGAGGAAGACAAAAAUUCCUUGUAUGAGCAGAAAGCUUCGGCCUGGUAUCAGGUGACAUAUCAUCCUCAUUGGGUCAGAAAGUCCCUUGAUCUGAAAGAUAAAUCCCCAGAGAACCAAGAGGCUGAUGGUUUGGGAAGCACGGUGAUGUUGAGUUUCCCUUGGAUUGCUGUUGAUUACCUUGCUCGCACAAAGAUAAGGGAACGGCAUCGGAAAUCUGGAAAUUUUGAUUCAACUAAGCCAGUUGAUUCUCUGGCAAAGUAUCUAUCAGAAAGGUUAUAGUUCCAUUGAUCUAUCUUGCUCUUGCCACAAGGCCACUCUGCCAUUCCCGAAUGUUUUCCUGAGCUUGUGUUGUAUUGUAUAUCACUUAUGAUGUGUCUUCACUUAAACUACUUUAUUUGUGACUGGGAUUGUUUCCAAGCCAGGAAUUGCAUUUGCUUUUGAGACUGUAGUUAGUUUCAUUUGAUACGUUGACUGUGUGGUCUAAUACUAGUUUUUGAGUCUGAUUUCAAAUAUUAUGUUGCUUGAGCUUUCUAAACAUACAUUGUACAAUGAGAUCUUUGAGUGAAGUGUUCAUAUGUAUUCUAGACAA